GGUAUUUUAGAAAUGAGGUGGUUGCUCCUGUACAUAUUAGCCAUUUCAAAUUAUGUGAAACCACAGCAGAGGAUUAUCGAGGGACCAGUAAAUACUAGCGUAUUACUUGGUGGUACGGUUAUAUUAAAGUGUCGCGUCGAAUCACAGAAAGGAGCAGUACAGUGGAUGAAAAACGGUUUUGGCUUAGGAAAUGAUUAUAAUUUAUCGUUAUUCAAAAGGUACACUAUGGAAGGUCAAGUUAGUAAAGGGGAAUACAAUUUGCGGAUAAUUAAUGUGCAGAUGAAUGAUGAUGACGAAUACGCCUGUCAGAUAGAAGCUGCCCAUAAUAGUCCGACAGUUCUGUCCAGCACUGCCAAACUGACAGUUUUGGUUAAACCAGAAGAUCCAAAGUUAUUAUCUGUCGAAUCAGUACUGAAAGGUGUAGUUGGACAACUUACUCAACAGUCUUGUAUAAGCAGAUAUGGCAAACCCUUGGCCAUCAUAAGUUGGGUCAUAUCAGAUGAUCCAAAAGCUACAAAAAUUUUAACUUGGCUUGGCAACACUAACACAAAAUUCAAUGCUAAUUCUGGUAUUAUUUAUAACAUUUUUGCACCUCGAGUAAAAGACGAUGGAAAAUAUUUGGUAUGCGUAGUGAAUCACGAAACAUAUAGUAAGCCACAAAUACAUGCCGUUCAAUUUGAUCUAAGAUACUCACCAGAUGUGAAGGUGGUAGUAAAUGACUCUAACUUACGUGAGCAUGGAUCUGCCGAACUUUUGUGCAAUAUCAAGGCAAAACCUUUUAAAAAUGUUAAAAUAAAGUGGUAUGAGAAUGGAAAAGAAAUCGACAGGUUAUCCAUACCAGAACUUAAAGUUGACCACCAUCAAUCGCGAUAUACGUGUGUUGCAGAAAAUUCGAUCGGAGAUUCGUCUGAUUCCAUUAUUUUAAAUGUUACAUAUGGAGCUUACAUUAUAUCACGAGAGCAACAUCAGGCUGUUAAUCCAGGUGAAACAGCAUCUUUUGUCUGUGAAGCUAUCGGAAAUCCUGCUCCAGCAGUACACUGGACUAAAGUAGCUGAUAGUGAAGUUAUAGCUCGAGGAAAUAAUCUCACUAUUGAAUCCGUUCAAAGUUGGCAGCGUGGUGAAUAUGAAUGUGUUGCUACUGUACAAGGUUUUUCUUCUGCUCGUUUAAUAAACUAUCUGCAUAUUAAAGGACCACCUUCUGUUAGCAUGAACGAGGAUAUUGUUGCUGCUGUUGGAGAAAACCUUGAAAUCAUUUGUGAGAUUCGAGGUCGUCCUCAGCCUCAAGAUGUUUUGUGGUCCUUAAAUGGGAUAUCAUUUGAAUACGGGCGUCUGGGAAUUCCACGACAGUUUGGUGUAGAAAGUCGAUUAGUGAUUCAAAACGUUCGGAAGUCGGAUUUCGGUAUUUAUAAUUGCACUGCAUAUAACGAACUGGGUCGUGAUUUUCAGACAGUCUGUUUAAAGCAGAAAAGUAUUGUUGACACAAUUAUUGGUACCUUUUUAAUUUUUCUUGAUAUUCUAGUUGUGACACCAUCUUGCGAAGCUAUUGAUUGUGGUCAAUAUUUUAUUGAUACCUAUCAUUCUACGGCAAAUGAAAGUCAUGAACUGCUCUAUGUUAAAGUAAAGUGA